UCACGGUACUGCGCGUGGAUCUGCUCUCUGCUUGUUUACACUCCACGCGCUGCUCCGCCUGGAACCUGUCGCCGCUGCUCUCGCGCUCACCUCCCGGACCGCUCCUUCACCUCCCGGACCGCUCAUGUUCCAGGUCCGCGGCGCCGCGGCCCUGACGCGUUCAGGGGCGGACAUUCACUUCAGACGGCUGCUCUCCUCCCGGAGGCUCCGCUCCACGUCCGCCUCACCGGCGACGACCCGCACCGAGCGGCGGGACGAUGCGGGAAUCCGCGGCGGGGCUUGGGGUGCGGCGGGGCGGACGGAGUCUCACGGACACCCCGGCACCACUAAUGAGAUCUCCGUGGACUUCGAGCAGACCCAGGAAGCUUACAAGAGCAAAGACUCAUUAGAGCUGCUCAGAAGUUUGGUGGUUUUCAAACUUUGUUCUUAUGACUUCCUGGUUGACAGGAAUAAAGAGAUAAUGGAUCUUGGGAAGAAGGUCCUCGGCCAGAAAGUUUUCGACCAGUUCAUGAAGAUGACGUUCUACGGCCAGUUCGUGGCUGGAGAAGACCACAGGUCCAUCAAACCGCUCAUCCAGAAGAACCAGGCGUUCGGCGUCGGCUCUGUCCUGGACUACAGCGUGGAGGAAGACAUCAGUGAAGAGAAAGAGACGGACUUGCAGAACGCAUCCUUUGCAGAGACAGAGAGCAUAGGCGUGAGCCACAGAGAGGGAAAACAUAAAGUGCACAAACAAUCCGGGGACCGAGGUGGGGGAGCGACUGAAGCUCGCACGUAUUUCCACUCAGACGAGGCCAAAUGUGACCGGCACAUGGAAACCUUUAUCAAAUGCAUCAAAGCAUCUGGUGGGGCUUCAGCGGACGGCUUCGCCGCCAUCAAGCUGACUGCGCUGGGACGACCUCAGUUUCUGCUCCAGUUCUCAGAGGUGCUGCUGAAAUGGCAGCGAUUUUUCACCUUUCUGUCAGCACAGCAGGGGAAAGAUGGCAUGGAGGCCUUAGACCAGAGGCUGGAGCUCGCACAACUGCAGGAGUUUUUGACCAAACUGGGUGCAAAAGGAGAUUUCCACGGCUGGUUUACUGGAAAGAGUGAAGAAUCUGUGGAAUGCAUUGACAUGCUCGACUGGAACAGCCUGAUAGAUGACAGAACAAAGAUAUCGGAUUUGCUUGUUGUUCCAAACAUUGAGCUUGGUGAGCUGGAGCCUCUGCUGAAGCAGUUCACCGUGGAGGAAGAGGAUCAAAUGAAGAGAGUGUUGCAGCGCGUCGAUGUCUUGGCAAAGCUCGCCCAGGAGAACGGCGUCCGUCUGAUGGUGGAUGCGGAGCAAACCUAUUUCCAGCCGGCCAUCAGCAGGCUGACGCUGGAAAUGCAGAGAGUUUACAACCGAGAGACGCCCGUCAUCUUCAACACCUAUCAGUGCUACCUAAAGGAAGCUUACAGCAGUGUGACGAUGGAUGUGGAACUGUCUCGACGGGAGGGCUGGCACUUCGCGGCCAAGCUGGUGCGCGGGGCCUACAUGUAUCAGGAGCGCGACCGGGCAAAAGAGUUUGGAUACGAAGAUCCCAUUAACCCCAACUAUGAGACCACCAACUGGAUGUAUCAUAGGUGCCUGGACUACGUUCUGGAUGAGAUUGCUCUCAACCGAAAGGCGAAUGUGAUGGUGGCUUCCCAUAAUGAAGACACCGUUAAACACACGUUAAUGAGGAUGAAAGAGCUUGGCCUCUCACCAACAGAGAACAAAGUGUUCUUUGGUCAACUCCUGGGCAUGUGUGAUCAGAUCAGCUUCCCCCUGGGCCAGGCGGGCUUCCCCGUCUAUAAGUACGUCCCGUACGGGCCGGUGAACGAGGUCAUGCCGUACCUGUCCCGGCGGGCGCAGGAGAACCGAGGCUUCAUGAAGGGCGUCCAGAAGGAGAGGGAGCUGCUGUGGAAGGAGCUGAAACGCAGACUUGCCUCCGGGGACCUCCUCUACAGACCUGCGUACUGAACACACAGCAGAGAAGAAGACAGAAAACAAAGUAUUUUGUCUUUUUUGGGGGGGAAAGCUGCUGUGUGGCUUUCCGUUCCAUCUUUCCCCAUCUUCGAAUGUGUCCUGUUUUUUCAACCUGUCCUGGGUUUUUCUUGCUGAUGGACUGCUCCCUCAUGCCAUUCUCUCUUUUUUUUCCUGUCUCGCCGCUGUUGUUAUUCUCCAUUCUCAGUGAUGUUUCUUCUCCUUUCCCCCGCCCCCCUGUAGUUGUAUACAACCUAUUGUUCUCUCUACUUCUUACCUUAUCUGCCUCUAGAUCCAUAAGCAUUCCUCAUUUCUGUCCUCCUGUUUUCUAUAGAGUGCCUGGUAUCCAUCAAAUGGACAUCUUUACUGCUCCAAAAGGCCUCCCUAAAAUGUCAACAAGACUUGGCUGGCCAUCCUUUUCCUUACUGUCCGAUUUAUCAUAAAUAAGAGACAGAAAUAAUACAAAGGUAACAGGGUAGAUUCAAAUUGUAGCAAAGAAAGCACUCCAUAUUUAGUUCUGUUCAAUACGUUACUGUCAGCAGGUGUUUGUGGGCUGUGUGUUGGUGUACUGCUGGAUUUUAAUCAGUGUGUGUAAUGAGUGAGUGAGGGAGUUCACCCAGCAAAUCCCUCUUGUUCUCAGAGUGUCUUUUAUUGUAUUUACCAGAAGGGGCUAAAUUCUCAGUCAGGGAGGAGUUACAAGGGGAAAAAAAUGUGCAUUAGUUACUCAGGGAGUGAAUCUCACUUUCAAUACAAGGGUAGUUUUUGUUUUUUGUUUUUGCUGUCAUUGUGUUAUAGAAUAGAUCCACACUGUGCAGUUGUGAUGUUUGGUCAUUGUAAAUAAAUCGACACCAACUGUA